CAAUUUGAGACGCCAUUGGUCGCAGCAUCCUGCUUUCAUCCGAGACGUCAGCGUGCAACCAAUACGGAUCCCACGUUCCCGACCCCGUCGGCUACGCCCACGAGAGAAUCGUCCCGAUGCUGUCACGCCGCGAUCAACGUCAUCGACGCGGUCGAGAUUCCGCUUUGGUGCCGGGCGAGCGAACAGCAGUCAUCCGAAAACACUUAGCGGCGCAUCACAGCGACUCCGUAAGCCGUCCGCGAGGCGAGUCUAAAUAAUUGACCCCUCCGCGCGCACGGUGGAAUCGCGCAAACAAUUUACAUCCGGUCGUGUAAAUAUCCGCGACCUCGGCGUCGCGAUUCAUCGGUGGCGGUGAAGGUCCCGGGCGGGUUCGUUGAUCCGCGGGACCGUGGAAUUUUGAUCGACCUGCGGAUCGAGAUUUUCACGUCGCUCACGACGUUGUACGACGACAGUUACACUUCGUUUCGUGCGACAUCUCGCUUGGAUGCUUCCGUGCGUCGAACGCCGCUCGGAAAAAUCGUCAUAAACUGUGGUGCAUCUACUUGGACGGAUUGUGCUAGCUUCCUGACGUGUCGUUGUGAUAAUCCGAGGAACAUCGCGCGCGUACACCGUUAAAAAUUAUGUUCGCCAUGCUUGGACUCUGACGAUCUUCUUCGGCAACCGGAAGCUCGAUGGACCAGAGCGUGAUCGUGCCGUCGGUGCCGCGCGACGUCGGCGCUGGCGCCGAUAGGCUGGCGAACACGAAGAACGAGUCGGACUCCGGCCUCCAUCAGCAUCAGGAGCAGACGAUUGUGCCCGUGCACUCGAACUCGUCGACGGUGACCGCGCGCUCGGCAGUCCUGUCGAUGAGCGGUGCGACGAGCGGUUUGUCCCAGGAGACGAGCCUGGAACCGCUGAUGUGCAACCCAACGAGCAAUGAGAUGCCGCGGAAACCCGGCGCUCGACGCCAGGAGAAGCCGCCGUACUCGUACAUCGCGCUGAUCGUGAUGGCUAUCCAGUCGAGCCCGGGCAAGAGGCUGACGCUGUCGGAGAUCUAUUCGUUCCUGCAGCAACGCUUCCCGUUCUUUCGCGGCACUUACCAGGGCUGGAAGAACUCGGUGCGCCACAACCUCAGCCUGAACGAGUGCUUCAUCAAGCUGCCGAAAGGCCUGGGCCGGCCCGGCAAGGGCCACUACUGGACCAUCGAUCCGUCCACCGAGUACAUGUUCGAGGAGGGUAGCUUCCGGCGACGACCGCGCGGCUUCCGGCGCAAGUGCCAGGCUCUGAAGCCGCAGUACCCGCAGUACUACGCCGGCGCUGGUCCCGUGGGCGUGCAAACGCCCGGUGCUUACGAGAACCUGGCUGCCGGGCCUGGCAUCGAGUACGCGAACGGUUAUCAGAAUCAGUAUCAGAAUUAUCAGGAGUACGCCAUGUACGCGCCGAGCGCGGCGGUCCCCGCCGAUUGGGCGUACGCGGACAGCCCGGCGGCGUACAAGUCGGGCCCGCCGAUUGCCGAGGUCACCUACAAGACCACCGAGGUCACGUACAAGACCGGCAGUGAGCCGGCGUCGUCGGUGUACAGAAACGGCGAAUUGGUGGCGUUCAAGAGCGAACCCGGGUUUGCCGGCAGGAGUCAGGAUCAGCUGACGGCCUACAGGCCUCCGACCGACGCCUUCCCGACGGUGAAGGAUCAUCAUCAGCAACAGCAUCACGCUGAUUACAAGGACGAAGCUAUGAUGAGCUACAAGUGUGCCAAUUCGACGCCCACCACGCAAGCGCCCGGACAGGAUUAUUACGUCAGUUAUGGUCUCGGGGGAGUCAACAAUGCCGCGAGUCACGGCGUCAACAUUGCUAUGCAACCCAUGCAAGAGCAGCCGGGUGGCAACAGCAGCCCCGCGGCCAACGUCAACUCGCCGCACAGCGGAUGUCAGACACCUGUCGCGGAUCACGGUGAGUCGCGAUGA